AGAGCGGCCGGGCGGGACAUCCGGCCCUGGUCCCUCCUUGCACUCGGGAACUGGCCACCCACUAACCCUCCCCUCCGGAGAUCCCCAGUCCCAGCUGCAGUCUCUUCCUCAGCAUCCCUGAGAUCGUCGAGGUCUGCCUGGAUCACCAUGUUCCCUCGCCCUCUGACUCCAUUGGCGGCCCCGAAAGGCGCCGAGCCCCUGGGCCGCACGCUGAGGCGGGCUCCAUUGAGUAGGGCCCGGGCUGGACUCGGAGGGCCACCCCUGCUGCUGCCGUCCAUGCUGAUGUUUGCAGUGAUCGUGGCCUCCAGCGGGCUACUGCUCAUGAUCGAGCGGGGUAUCCUAUCGGAGAUAAAACCCCUUCCCCUGCACCCUCCCAGCCACAAAGGCGCGGCCUGGCGUGGGACAGCUCCCAAGCCUGGAGGCCUAUCCUUGGAUGCUGGGGACUCCGACUUGCAAGUGCGAGAGGACGUCCGAAACCGGACCUUGAGGGCAGUGUGCGGACAACCGGGCAUGCCCCGGGACCCCUGGGACUUGCCGGUGGGACAGCGGCGCAUCCUGCUGCGCCACAUCCUCGUAAGUGACCGCUACCGCUUCCUCUAUUGCUAUGUCCCCAAAGUGGCCUGCUCUAACUGGAAGCGCGUGCUGAAGGUGCUGGCGGGCGUCCUGGAUAACGUGGAUGUCCGACUCAAGAUGGACCACCGCAGUGACCUGGUGUUUCUGGCAGACCUGCGGCCUGAGGAGAUUCGCUACCGUCUACAGCAUUACUUUAAGUUCCUGUUUGUGCGAGACCCCCUGGAACGCCUCCUGUCUGCUUACCGCAACAAGUUUGGGGAAAUCCGAGAGUACCAGCAGCGCUAUGGGGCUGAAAUUGUCAGGCGCUACAGGGCUGGAGCUGGCCCCAGUCCUGCAGGGGACGAUGUCACCUUCCCAGAGUUCCUAAGAUACCUGGUGGAUGAGGAUCCUGAGCACAUGAAUGAGCACUGGAUGCCUGUGUACCACCUGUGCCAACCAUGUGCUGUGCACUACGACUUUGUGGGUUCCUAUGAGAGACUGGAGGCUGAUGCCAACCAGGUGCUGGAGUGGGUGCGGGCCCCACCCCAUGUCCGGUUCCCAGCUCGCCAGGCCUGGUAUCGGCCGGCCAGCCCAGAAAGUCUGCAUUACCACCUGUGCAAUGCUCCACGAGCCCUGCUUCAAGAUGUGCUGCCUAAAUAUAUCCUGGAUUUCUCCCUCUUUGCUUAUCCACUGCCCAAUGUCACCAGGGAAGCCUGUCACCAGUGACAGUGGGCCGUCAGCUUUCGGAGUUUGGUUUAAUGACACCAGCUUUGAGGUGCCUUUCAGAGAAACCCCUGGCUCUGGGGCUUGCUAGUUUCCCUAGAUAUCACUGUAUCUCAGUGGUUGGGACUGUCCUCAGGCUGUCCUUGUCCACAGUGAGUGCCCUCAGUGACUGAGGAUAGAUCUAGGCAGAAGGCCUGGUGCUAUCACUCACUGGUGGACUCUUGUUAGGAGCUGGUGGCAUCCUUAUCAGGCAGAGCCAGACACCAAUAUGUUACUAAAGCCAUAUGUUUGGUCUAAAGACUGACUCCAGGCUACUGGCUGCUCGGCCUGUGGGGUCCACCUGCUCCAUUGUAACUUAACCUGUGGCCAAAUCCGGAAAGCCACACCAGCCAAGCACAUGACUGCGCCUAGGACCAAUGGCUUUGACCCCCAUUUGUCCACUCCAAGAGCCUCAUGAUUGGAGUGAGCCUGUGGUGCCUUAGAAAUAAACGUUGGGCCUUUCUGCUCCAGACUUUAAAUUUCCUACACAUUUCCAUUUUUCCAAGGAAGGAAAAACUGAAGUAGGACUCUUACCUCACAGCUCUAAGACCCAGCCCCUCAAGCAGCCAAAGAUCCCUGUGCCUGGGCUCUCGGAGCAUCUUCAAUAAACCUCCCUUCCCUACAAAGCCUUUGAGAUUGUAUCUGUGGUUGGUGUAUCAGUAUAGCUGUCAAUUGUCCAGCACAUUUAUUUAAAAUGUAUAUAAAUAAACACACGCACACAUAUAUGUUUUUGUUUUAGUUUCAGUUUUUCAAGACACGGUUUCUGUGUAGCCCUGGCUAUCCUGGAACUCGCUUUGUAGACCAGGGUGGCCUCAAACCCAGAUUUCUACCUGCCUCUGCCUCCUGAGUGCUGGGAUUAAAAGCAUAUGUCACCAUGUCCAGUUGAAUAUGUGUAUUUUGUUAGAACCCUUGUAAGGGCUGACUUUUAAUAAAGCUGUUUUGUAUACAAAAA